UGUUAUGUAAUGGGCCGUGUGCACACCUGUGCAGACCCCUGCCUGGGCAUUGGCGGUGGCCGAUAUGUGAGUUGCCUGCUACUGUGUGUGUGAUACCUGGGUCGGUCCCUGCCCAGGUCAGGGACUGCCUGAGGGGACGACCCUCCUGUCGUCCCCACCACCGUGCUACAAUACAGUCAGUCGGAACCGAGCGGUGGUGUGUCGAUGGUGGGCCGCGAGACAUAACAUUGGCGACGAGCGGAGUGAGGACGGAGCCAUGCCGUUGGGGAAGAUUGAAGAAUUUCACCAAGGACAAGAUAACUGGGAAGAGUAUGCGGAAAGGUUGGAUCAAUUCUUCGUGGCUAAUGACAUCCAGGACGAUGCUAAGAAGAGGGCCAUUCUCCUCAGCAGUAUGGGAGCUCGGACAUACGGUACGGUAAGAUCGCUGUUGUCACCGAAAAAACCAAAUGAGGUGACGUAUGUCAUGAUUGUUGAAACAUUGAGCAAGCAAUUUUGUCCGCCCACAUCGGUAACUGUCGCAAGAUAUCGGUUCUUUUCCUGUUGUCGAGUACAGUCAGAGUCUGUUCAGGAGUUUGUGGCGCGCCUGCGACAGCUGUCACGGGACUGCAAAUUCGAAUCGUUUCUUGAUCAAAUGAUCAGAGACCGGCUGGUGUGUGGAGUUAACUCUGACCCCAUUCAGCGCAGGUUGCUGGCAGAAGCUGAGCUGACUUUGCCGCAGGCAAUCAAGAUUGCUGUGGCAACGGAAACAGCAGGUCAAAACCUACAGGAGCUGGCGGGAGCUGGCCAGCCGGUGGUGUCCGCUACGGGGGAGACGGCAGUGAACCGUGUCCGGACGGGCCCGUCAGCCUCACAGCGGACCAGCCAGGAGCGACACAACGCCAGUAAGCAAGCGCGGCAUGAAGGUGAGAGAUGCUGGCGCUGUUUGAACAGAACGCACUCUGAAUCCGAAUGCUACUUUAAACGUAAGCGCUGCUUCCAGUGUUCCAAGUACGGGCAUACAUCGGCCGCUCACCGGGCAGGGACGGUGAAACAUGUUGGGUCGGAGGUGGUCCGUCAGGAGGAGGGCGAUGGUGCAGGAUCUGGGGAAGAGCAGAGGGUGAUGGAGGCAGACACUGAAGAAUGUGACUUUAUCGGGGAGGUUUUUCAGUGUCGGGAGCGGAUUCAUGUGGUGAAGAGCCGGCCUCCGAUCAUGCUGGACAUGUCGCUGGAUGGGCGUGAUGUCAGGAUGGAGCUUGACACGGGUGCAUCUGUAUCCGUCUGUUCGUUCAGCAGGUUUCAAGAGCUCUGGCCGGAGAAGAAACGCCGUCUGCAGCCGUGCAGCCUCAUCCUACACACCUUCUCAGGCGAGCCUCUGAAGGUCCGAGGUGAGGUACAGAUGGACGUGGUGUACCGCGGAGAGUCGUUUAGCCUGCCCCUGGUAGUAGUUGAUGGGACAGGGCCGCUGCUCUUCGGCAGGAACUGGUUGGAGAGCAUCAGACUGGACUGGAGAACCAUCUGCAUGGUGACGACGCAGACGCUGGGAAGCGGAGUUGAGUCUGUGCUGCAUAAGCACUCUGAUGUGUUUGCGGAUGAGUUGGGAUGUGCGAAGGGGAUUGUGGUAGAUAUCCCGAUUGACCCAGACACACGUCCCAUCUUCUACAAGCCCAGGCCGGUACCGCUGGCGUACCGUGCUGCUGUCGACGCCGAGCUGGACCGUCAGAUCCAGGCCGGGCUGCUGGAACCGGUGAAACACUGCACGUGGGCUGCACCGAUCGUCACUGCACUGAAGGCGUCAGCAGGAUCCGAACAGGAACAUCUGCAGCGGCUGGAGGAGGUUCUGAGACGUCUGUCGGAGGCAGGACUGCGACUGCAGCGGAAGAAGUGUCAGUUCGCGGCAUCAGAAGUGGUGUAUCUGGGACACCACAUCACGGCAGAUGGUAUCAAACCAACAGCAGACAAGGAUCGCCCCAGCUGCCCGUUCCAGCUGAGACGGUGCACCUGAUGCAGUUCUUCGACUCGUCACCGGUCACCGCUGAGUCCAUCCGUCUGUUCACCGCCAGGGAUCCUGUGCUGAGUGCCGUUCUGCGCUUCACCAGAGAGGGCUGGCCAUCGGGCGACCUCGUGAUGCCAGAGCUGGUACAGUACCGAAGCAAGGAAGGUGAGCUGAGCAUUCAGGAUGGAUGUUUGCUGUGGGGGUCACGGGUGGUGGUACCCCCCAAGAUUCGGCCUAGAAUUCUGUCUAUGCUGCAUGAGGGACAUCUGGGAGAGAGUCACACGAAAAGUUUCGCUCGUAUGUAUGUCUGGUGGCCUGGGAUAGACAGGGAAGUCUCUGAACUGGUGCGUCACUGCCCGACAUGUCAGCAGUAUCGCCGACAGGCACCCGUGACGCCACUCAGUCCGUGGGCUUGGCCGAAAAAUCCCUGGGACCGAGUGCAUAUUGAUCACUGCCAGUUCGAUGGCCACUUGCUCUUGAUUGUUGUCGAUGCGUACUCAAAAUGGAUUGACGUGCACUUGGCCCGUUCAACGACAGCCGAGAAUACCAUGGAGCUGCUGCGCAAGUCAUUUGCAUAUUUUGGAAUCCCGCGGACCCUGGUCAGUGAUAACGCAACAUGUUUCACAGCGCCAGCGUUCGAGACGUUCUGCAAGCAGCUGGGCAUGCGCCACUUGCUGACCGCACCCCUGUCGGCCAAAAGUAACGGUCUAGCGGAGCGUUGUGUGCAGACGGUGAAGCAGGGCCUGAGAAAGCAGAAACAUGGCAGCAUGGACACGAAAAUCUGCCGGUUUCUGUUUGCCUACCGUACCUCUCCUCACAGCACAACGGCGCAGACUCCAGCAGAGCUGAUGAUGGGCCGACGUUUGCGGACUCGUAUGGAUUGUUUACUGCCUGACCUACAGGACCGUGUGUCAGCCGCACAGCAGCAGAUGAAGGAGAGAUAUGACCGUCGGUCACAGGAUCGUGUUCUAACCCCUGGAAUGCGUGUCUGGGUGUCACAGGUCUCCGGACUGGCCGGCGUCGGACGGGGAACACGCUGGCUCCCGGGACACUGCGUGAGCCGCUCUGGAUCCAAGAUCACUGUUCGUCUGGAGGACGGCCGCGUGAUACAGCGCCACCUAGACUUCGUGGUGCCCAGCGGUUCUAGCCGUCAGAUGGAGCUGACCGAUGAGCCGACGCCGUCCAUGCCGCCGGGUUGGAUGCAGCCGCCUCCGCCUGGGACACCGCUUUCCGAGGAGGGAAGAGGACGACUCGCCGCACCAGCGGAGAGGGAUCCCGCGGCCGGGGGGCCGCCGGGGACCAGGGCCGCAUCCGCGGCGCCGCUGCCGUCGCCGCCGCCGUCUGCGGAUCCAGGGACCACUCAGCCCGGGGACGCCGAGACGCCGCCGCCGUCCCCGCCGCGGCCGCCGUCUGCGGCUCAGUGUACCACUCAGCCGCAGCCUGAUGAUCCGCCGCGUCGCUAUAACUUGAGGCCGAGGCCGAUACUAAGAAAAUAGGGUGGAGAGGUGUUAUGUAAUGGGCCGUGUGCACACCUGUGCAGACCCCUGCCUGGGCAUUGGCGGUGGCCGAUAUGUGAGUUGCCUGCUACUGUGUGUGUGAUACCUGGGUCGGUCCCUGCCCAGGUCAGGGACUGCCUGAGGGGACGACCCUCCUGUCGUCCCCACCACCGUGCUACAAUACAGUCAGUCGGAACCGAGCGGUGGUGUGUCGAUGGUGGGCCGCGAGA